CCGAAAGUGAAAUAUGAAUCUCUCGCCGCCACAGAUAUCAAGAUUUCAAAGCAGCAUCACAUGAUUGCAUCCAUUCAUAGUGGUCCUAAUGAGAAUAACAUCUUAUAUUUAUUACAGCCCUAGACAUUGGAGAAUGAACAUCAUUUAAAAGGUUUUAUUUUCAAAACAAAAGUAAACAUUUCAUGCAAACAGAGAAAUACAUGUACAUGUACAUAUAGUAACCUCAACAAGAUUUUGAUGACAGGAGUUUUUUUAACAAAACAAAUCAAAGAUGCACAUUUAACAAUGUUUAAGUUUGCAAAUUGUUUGAUGCUUAAUCAAGUAAAAUAAGGGAAUUUGUUAAGCGUUAUUUUAAUAAGAAAUAAGAAUUGGAGAUGUCAUCAAAGAUUUGAGUGUGUCAACAAGGAAAAGACCUUCAGAAGUUAAGAUGGGGGAUGAUAACAUAAGAACCAAGUUAUCAAAAAGGAAACGGACAAAACUUAACGAAAUCUGGACAAAGCAAAACUUGACAUUAUCGGGUUCAAAUACUGGACAAGAGUCUGAUGAAAUAAAAACAGGCAUAAAUUUAACAUUAUAUAAAAGAAAAAUGUCUUCUCCAGCAGGGACAAAAAAAGUGAAAAUGUCUGCGGUGGAAUCAAAGGAUCAGUUGGCAGAAAAUGGAUUAGAGAAAGAAUUGAAUUCAGCUGGCACCGAUUCAUUGACAACAAGGCAAUCUAAGUCUGACAGCGGUUUGACAAAUUUUGAAAGUCCUCCAAAUAUUGUUGUCAUUAAACAUGUUAAAAGGGAUAUUGAAGAUAGUCAUGAUAGUAGUGAAAAGCAAUUGCAAAAAUCAUGUGGAAGUUCGAAUUUGAAUAUGCUUCAAUGUGCUCUCUGUACAUUGUCGUUUGAUAAUCCCUCUGUUUAUAUUCAACAUGUUGUAUCCCAUAGCAACACAUCUAUAGAUUUCAAACAGAACCCUGAUGGUGUGAAUAAGAGAAAGAGUUUUUUCGUCUGCAGGUUGUGCGAUAAGAAAUUUGCUAAUCGUGAAUUUGCCCAUGGUCAUAUCUCACAUUUUUUGCAAAACCCUGAUCCUGUUCAUGAACAGUUUUCAAAUUUUUUAGCAGAAGAUAAAAAAGAAUUGGAAGAGUUUGCUGAUAAGUUUAUCUUUCCAGUUUCUAUUGGAAGUCUAAAAAAUAUCACCAUGGAUACAAAGAUAAAUAAACCAGUAAUUUACUAUUGUGCAAAGUGCGAAACAAAUUUUAACAGUAAAUGUGAUCUUUUGGGCCAUGUGAAAAACUGUAUAAAAAACAAGUCAGAAUUCAAUUGCUCAAAGUGUGACAUCCAUUUUGAAACAAAUGACCUUUUGGAGCAACAUAUACACGAAGGUCACAGAGAAAGUUGGACAAGUCAUAUACCGGAAUUGGUUAUUAUAAAAACUCAAGAUAUUUCUCCUGAUGAGAAAAAUUCAACGACAUAUAACAUGUAUAAAUGUCCAAAAUGCAGUGAAGUGUGUAACUCCUUACAGAAAUUGAUGCAGCACAGAGACUCAAAACAUAAUAAGAUAGUUGAAAUUCCGGACACGGACUAUGUCUGUGCUCAUUGUUUAUCGACUUUUCCAUCACAGGCACUAUUAUACAAGCAUAUACAAAUCCAUAAUAGCAAACUUAGUGGAAAUCCUAUGAAAGAAAAAAGUAAAACUUCCAAAUACUUUGACAAGAUUAUUUUUCAAGAGUCUAACGGAAAAUGGGGUUGUAAAAUUUGUCAGAAAUCUUUCUCAACAAGGUGUAAUGUCGUAAGGCAUAUGACCCUCCAUGAUGAUGAGGAGAAGAAAGAUCAGACCUGCCCGUUCUGUCAACGUGUUUUCCAUUUCAAGCGAUAUCUACAGCAUCACAUCAUGUAUAUGCAUGGGCCGAAAAAACAGAAAAUAUACAAAUGUGACUCGUGCAAGACUCAGUUCACCGUUUUAAAGUGCUUUAGAAGGCAUCAAAAGAAGCGUUCAUGUCAAGAAAGGGGAGAUAAUAAUUCAGUGGUAUUAAAAUGUCAAUUCUGUGAGAGAACUUUCGAGAAGAAACAGUCCCUUGAAAGACAUAUCAGGACACAUACUGGAGAAAAACCAUUCAAGUGUGAACAUUGUCCUUAUUUUAGUGCAUAUUAUGCUAAUUUGAAAUUGCAUAAAAAGAGAAGACAUUGUGAAAGACCAAAGAAAAAGGGCAGACCUUUUAAAUGGAUGCAAUUGAGUGGUGGUGAAUCACACUGAAAUAUACCAUUUCUCACAUGGAAUCUGUUAUUUCCACCCGUACACAGUUGCUGACUGGUCUUUGACACUUAAGUUUAUAUCUUUCGCUUUGUUUGAAUUUUAAAUACAACAUGUAUAAUUGCCUUUCUGAUUGUAGCAAUCAUGGCAGUAGAUUUUUUGAUUGUACUUGUCAGUUUUUUAAGAAAGAAAAGGAAAAGCAUUCCACUCCAUAGAUUGGGCAGGGGUAAGACAAGCUCAGGAUAGGGUGACCCCCUUCGUCCCCUUUUGAUCGCCUUUCAAAACAAAUCUGAUGUUUCUCACCAUUUAUAUGAUUUUUUAUCAAAUAAAAUCAUCCAAACAAUUUUCAUUAUCUAUUAAGUUUUCUGGAAUUAGAUCCCCCUUUCAAAAUCCUGGAUCUGCAACUGAAGCUAAAAGUUUGACAUCACUAUGUGCCAGCUCUGAAUGUGUGCGUUUAAAAACCAAUGUGAGCUGUUUUAUAUCUCUCUGUACACUCAGCAGUAUUAUACAUAUGUAUAUAAUGUAUAUGACAAAGUCUUUAAUUGAUUGGAGCGAUACAGAUAUAGAUAAUUUUAUUGACUAAUCAAUGUGCCCAUUGAAGGGCAUAUUCAGUUCCAUUCUUUGUAAGAAUUGGGCAAUUUCAUGAAUUUCAAAGAAUUUCAAAAGAUGGUAAAAAAAAAAAACGCUGACAUAACCAUCCUAUUUUGAAGGAACCUUCAUCACGAGUUAGAAAUGAAAGAUCUUUCUUUCCUGCUUGUCUGGUAAUUUGAGAAAUCUGUAGAUAACUUUUGGAUAGAAUAUCUGCAAAUCAGAGUUAGCUCCCCUGAAUUGGUAAUUUCUAGUGAAUUUCAACCAAAUUAUAUCUUGAAAUACCUGAAAAAGAAAAGGAAAUGAAUGUUUUAUAGUCAUGCAUCCUUAUACAUUUUGAACUUAAAUUAAUGUAAACUUGAGUGUUUUUUUUUUGUCAUGUUUUCAACCCUGUCUGAUUCUUAGGCAGAUUGGCAUUUAAUUACAAAGUAAUUAUUCAUAACAUAAUAAUUAACAGAAUAAACAAACCUAAACAAUAAACUACAUUGUAAUAAGACAUUAAUGAUGAUAUGACCUUGUAUCAUGCAGUCCGCGUCAAAACAAGCGUCUUUUAUCAUGUUUAUUUACGAGUAAAAUAUGUUGUAGGUAGACUAAUCUCCUUUUGAAUAGUACAUGUAGUACAUGUGUGCUUAUUCAGUCAGAUUUACUUAAUAAUAUGAAUAAAAAAAUAAUGUUUUCUUCUUUUCUUUGAUUCUUUUGACCAAUUUGGAAAAAAAGGCCAUGUUUUAACCUGUAUGUAAUCACUAGUAAUGACCCCGUUUCUCACCUACUCAACACCAGGUAGAGUGAUUUUUCACCUACAUGAAUUGUCAUGAUUGUCAAACAUGAUUGUAUUAACAGAUAUUUAUGUUAAACAUUUUCAGUAUUUGAAAAAUUAUAAGUUGUUUGUAUGAAUUUAUACAGAAGAAGAAAAGAUUUUUUUUAUUGCUUUUGCUUACCGGUGCAAUAUAUACAUGUAUACAUGAUAUAUAUUAUAUAAGCUUUACAUGCUUCAGUCCAGAAAAUUUGUCUAUUUUGCAUGUACAAUCUAUUUUAAGUCUUGUUAGUGAUUUUUAUGUGAAAAUGUACUGUUAAAGGGAGAGAAUUUGUUUUCCAGCUUUAUGCUAGAUACUAUAACCUAACCAUUAGGAAGCACAAGCCUAUUGAAGGUUAUGGUACUGUAUCUAGCUUUGUAUGUGUUAUACAUGUUAUAUGAGGGUUUGGAUGGGGUUUAUAGAAUAGAAAAUAAUGGGACUUAUAGAAAUACAAAAUAAAGAAAAGUAAAAAGUGAGACAAAGAAAUAAAUAAUUGAUGAUAAUGAAAAAUGAAUGAGGAACACUAUAAUCAUGAUAAUGGGGUGCUAAAACAUAUUGAAGAGAAUUAUCAGCGAUAAUGGGGCUAAAAAAUUCAGAAUACAGAAAUGAAGAGCCCCAUCCAGACACUCAUAUAUGUUUUUAUGAUUGUUUAUUUUUUAAAAUAUGUCUUAUGAUUUUUUUUAAUCAAUCCUUUAGUCAUGUUAGUGCCAUAUUCCAUGUGU